AUGUCCGCCAAAGAGGCGGUCGUCAACGCCUUGGGAAAAAGGAGUGACCCGGCGGCGCAGCGGGAGAGGCUGCUGCUUGCUAAGAUGAAGCAAGCGCACCUCGCCUCGUUGUUGCUGCUGUGGCAUUGCGGCCGUUUGUCGGACUUCCGGCAGGUGGUGGUGCACUGGGACAUCCGCAAGCAAAAGGGCCCGGACGGCCGCAUUGCUUGGUGGAUGGACCCCAGUGACUUCAAGACCAAGUGGCGCCAGUCUCCGGCGGACUUGGCGGAGGAUCCCGGGAAGAUCCUGCACACCAAAGUGCAGGAGGCGCUCAACGCGUUUCUCAAGCGUUGGCGCCCAAUUUUGAUAAAACACUUAGGGCCCCGAGCUAAGUACAACGUCACCUUCACCGACGAAAAGUUCGGGGAAGGAGCCGGGGUGUGUUUUUGCCUUUUUCCUGGGUACUGGGAGGACAAUCAGGCCCAUACGUUUGUGCAGCAUACCUUUCAAAAAGUCCUAGGGUGCUCUGAACGAGCGGUCCGAAAGGCCCUUGGGAACGAGUUGCCGGACUGGAAGGCUGCGCGUUGGGGGGUGGAUAUGACCGCCAUCCAUCAGAACUUCCACCAUGGUGCGGAAGUUCACGCCAAGGCGUAUGGGCGGGGGAAAAGAAACCAAGUCAACCCCUUGCAGGCCCACGUCCUGAAAUGGGGGGAUGAUGAUGCCUAG